AUGCCGUCGGCUGCUAAAACCAAAAGUGGCAGGAUUUUUCGAGCGCCCACUGAUCAGGCAAGAAAACUCGAGCGAAGGCGAGAAAACAAGAAAAACAAACGAGAUCGGCAGCAGAUUCGUCAAACCAUCGCCAAGUGUUAUGAUGUUGAUGAUUCGACGACGAAGAUGCUUGCAAUCGAAAGGCAGAUUCUUGGUCUUGAUAAACCUCAGUUUCACAUCGAUGUCUUGAAGAAGAAGCAAAGGACCAUCAUGGAUAUGGUCAACAAAAGGCGGUCUGUACUGCAAACUUUGAAAGACGAGAAAGAACUGAAAGAACUAAACGAGAAGCUCCAACAUUACUAUGCGGAUUGCAAGAAGUUACAAGCACUAGCAGAACAAGAACGACUGGCUCGUAAUGCUGACAUCAACUUCAUUCCUCUACCAGAAGGAGAAGUGGCUGAGGGAGAGAUUCGAAGAGUGCAAUUGAUGGGACCGCAACCAUCUGCACCAGUCAAGUAA